GUUUCUGCGUCGACGCUUGGCAUAUUUAUAUUCAUUCACCUUUCAUUCUGGCCUUCAUUCAAUGUGAUGAGAAGGAAGUAACAUCAAAGUAGUUUCCAUUGUUCCGUGUGACGUGUUUGACUUUAUUCGAUUGCGGAAGAACUAACAGUUGUUGUUUCCCGUAUUUACUAAAGAGUGACACUGAUGUGAAAAAAUGCCGCGUUCGCGUUCUAAAAGUCCUAAGCAAGGUCGUGGGUCUUCAGCUGUGUCAGACGCGAGAAAGCGCACGGCGACUCCUGGUUCCGUGGCACGAAAACGAAAAGCUGCACACGCGCUCGUCCUCAAAGCCGAGCGGAGUAGCGCGCCUUCAGAGGGCAGCAGUAGAGGCGCCAGUAGCGGGCGAAGAUCAAAGAGUGCAGUGCGCGGAACCAAAAAGAAAGUUGGCGAAAAGCAGGAGGCUAGCUCAUUUGGGAGGCUAAUGAGUCAUUUCUUUGGUUCUACCCCCGGAGGAGGUACUACCGCAAUAAAGGAACGGUCAACUUCAAAAGGUUCAGAACAAGAUGAAUUGCGAGCUGUCGCGGACGGCGAAGCCGCCGCCGAAGACCUGGAAAGUGGACAGCUGCUGGAAAAUGGGGCAUCGAAAAAGCGACGAUCAUCAAUGAGUCGCAAGGCCGCCGAGACCCGAAAAUCCAGUACUCCGAAUCUGACAGGCGACUUUGGAAAUAUCAUCAUCUUACGGAAAGUCAACAUACUAAGUAAUCGCCGAUGGCUGACAUGUAAUAUAAACUACUAGCUUAGAUCUGUCUCUUGAGUGAUGCAGACGAUGGAUUGUCGUAGUAGAUGAUGAUGAGAGCAAAGGGUCAGACAGAUUUUUGGUACUAUAAUCGGGUACAACUAGAAGAAGUUAUCUGAUGUGGUGUCAAUUGGAAAUUUCUAAUUUUCCUCUUGGUGCUUUACACACUUCAAGGCAUCCCCAUGGGUUUCGCGAGCACAAUACCAUUGCUCAUGAAGGAACGGGGAGUUAGUUACUCUAUCAUUGGAGUCUUUGCCCUUACGAGCUGGCCCUUCUCCCUCAAGUUGCUGUGGGCCCCGAUCGUAGACAGCUGCUACAUAGACGCGCUCGGCAGAAGGAAAACUUGGCUAGUGCCGGUACAAUGAUUUUAGUAAAAAUUACUGCUAAAGUGUGAUUGUAAAAUUACGGCCUCUGAUAGAUGCAAUGCUUUCCAUUGUGCUUUAGCUGACAACCAAGUAGACGAGCAAGAGGCAAAAAUCGAUCAUCGCUUCAAUCAUUUCUCCGCAGACCCAAGUCGCGAUUGGAAUUGUGAUGAUAGUUUUGUCGACUGUUUUCAACGAGUGGUGUGGCGGAUUGGACAUGCUCGACCCGAACAAAAAUUUGGGUGAAAUCAACAUCCAGGGCCUCACCGCCAGCUUCUUUUUUCUAUACUUCCUAUGCGCAACACAAGGUAUCAUCUUCAUAUUCUGACUUGGUGAUCCUCUUGUAUGUGGAAGUAUUACCAGAUCUAGAACGUACUAUCUUCACUUCAUCGUCUUAGUGUCCUUGUAUAAAUUGAACUUCGCUAUUUAUCCUUGUUUAAAUUGAAUUUCGGUUUUUUGAUCCUUUUGUCUGUAGAUAUCGCGGUGGAUGGCUGGGCUUUGACAAUAUUACGGGAGGAGAACGUUGGUUACGGCCCCACGUGCAACGCGAUAGGUCAGACGUUCGGAUACGCGUUUACUUUCAUCGGCGCCUUAAGUUUAAACCAUUUCCAAGUUGUAGGCUUCGACAAUUUCAUGUACCUGUGUGGCGUAUCUUUCCUAGUGACUACCUUAGUCGUUGCGGCGUUCAAAGCAGAGAGAGCAGUACCUGACGACGAGGAAGUGGAAUCAAUGAAGGCCGUCUACAAGAAGCUUUUAGCGAUGUGGCGACUACCGACGAUCCGCACUCUCGUGCUUAUACUCUUUUUCUUAUGAAAAUGAAACGUGUUUGAGUUUGUAUUCGUGUUGCAAGGAACUUUUCGUGGGCUGGAAGAUUCUUGUUCUUCUCGAGGUGAUGAAACGCAAAUUGCAAAAGACGCAAAAGUAGAAAUCUGACUACCAAUAAUAUGGAAGGUCUUGCUUUCGCCCAUUAAGUUGGAGUCAUGAUAUCGGCAGUUGUACUACAUUUGAUUUUUUCUCUUCUUCAUUUUGAUGGAAAGUUCCGUACGCGGGUUGCGAAGCAGUGGUGACGUUGAAGAUGCAGGAUAAAGGAAUACCAAAGGAGCACAUUGCGUAUAUCGGAUCCGCGUGUACGGUUCUGUCCUGCUUCAUUCCGGUCUUAGUGUCAAAACAGACCUCAGGGGCAAGACCAUUCGACAUGUGCAUGGGACUGUACUAGCAGCUGCUCGCUUUACACUCUUUAACCUAAAGUUUCACUAGAAAAUGUCUAGGAAAAGGUCUUUUUCGAAGAAACUGCAUCCAUGUUGGCUAACCACUUUUUAGCAUUAAAUGUACUUUGUUAGAAUUUUUUUUAACAAAUGCAAAUAUAUUUAGGUACCUUCCUCGCAUUUGGAUGUGUUUCGUUUCCAUGGCAAUGGUGUAUUUUUGCCCGAGCCUUGUCGGGAAGACGAUGGAGGACUUUCCGUAUGGGUACUACGCAGCGCUAGUAGCGACAAGCAUCAUUGGCGUCUACAUAUCCACCGCAUCCUUUGUGGCACAAAUGAGUUACUUCGCGCAGGUGUCACCAAAAGAUAUUGGGGGAACGUACAUGACGCUGCUGAACACCUUCGCAAACAUGGGCGGAAUGUGGGUCACUCCCGUGGCAUUUCAACUAGUCGACGCGCUCACGAUAAAAACCAGUUCAGAUAGUGGGAGUUCAGAGGCGACUGUUGUUGUGGAUGGAUUUUACGUGACGAGCUGUAUCUGCGCAUCGAUCGGCUUCAUGGGUUACUCGACGCUCCGGCGCACAGCCGAAAAAUUGCAGAUCUACCCAAAAUCUGCUUGGAACAUCGAAAGCUAGCGGUGACACAUACUUACAUACAUCCGACUUCCAGCCUACAACCCAAAUGACUCCCAGUGUGUUUCCCAAUGAUGUUACCUAUGAUUUGUGUGUAUCAAAGUUCCCACUACCUCUCCGGGAUACGCAUCUAAAGAGAUGCCCCUGAAUUAUGGAAAGAUGUCGGACGAGUGAUAGUGCUCCCUUUCUUCUGAUUUCCGCUUGUUGUACAAUAGAAGAAUACGAUUACAUCAAAGAGCUACCUAAGGGUGCCUCGAGAAGCUAAGCGUUUUCAACUACAACGACGAUUUUCAAAGAAUAUGUUGAAUCGAAAUUUACCUUCACGUGUACAAAAUCUAUGUUCCAAUAUCAGGGCGGCGUUGCUCACUCGACCGGGUGUUCUUCCUGAG